AAUACCGACAAAUUUUCUAGUUUAAUCAUGUAUUGAGAUAUGACUGGGUAAAGUGGGGAAUUUCCUAGACAAAAUAGUUCAAAUUUGGUGCCGUUCUGAAACUUGAGAAAAUAGUGCCCCUAUUUUGUCGUCUGCAGUUUGGUGCAUAUUCCCUCAACUCGAGACAAGAUGGUGGAAAACUGAAGAAACUAGCCCGUCUCGGAGUGAGGGAUAGUGUGGAACAGCGAGUUUGAGGGGCUUGCUGGCUUUCCUUUGGCCAGUAGGCUUUAUCAUAGUAUUAUUCUACACAAGCAAAGUGUGAUUUAACUUUUAACAACAUGAGACCCAAGGAAUUUCUGAAGCGGCACUUGCCGUUAGUUCUAGGAGUGAUUCUCUUCUUGGAUUAUUUGGAUACUGCUUCUGGAGCCGCUUGUAAAGGAUGCACAUCGUCUGUGUGUAUCUGUGAGGGCCAGAAAGGAGAAAACGGAGGGAGAGGACUGCCGGGUCUCCAGGGUCCCCCUGGCCUGCCUGGCUUUCCUGGACCAGAGGGCCCCCUUGGCCAAUUUGGGAUGAAAGGUGACCUGGGUGAGGUUGGCGCACGAGGACCUAAGGGAUUCAGAGGAACUUCAGGUCUGCCCGGUUUCACUGGAAUACCAGGUAUCCCGGGUCAGUCUGGUAUGGAGGGACCGGUAGGACCCCAGGGAUAUCCCGGCUGCAAUGGAACCAAGGGAGGUGCAGGUUUCUCUGGACAAUCUGGUCUGCCUGGCCUGCCAGGAUCUAGAGGGCGUCCAGGUCGACCCGGUAGAAAGGGACAACCAGGAGCAAGUGAAGGUUUCCGUGUUGGCUAUAAGGGUGAGCCAGGUGAAGAUGGACUAAUUGGAGAGGAGGGUUUGGCGGGAGAAAUUGGUCUGCCUGGUGACUAUGGCUACCCCGGAGAGAGAGGUCUACCUGGUGUGGAAGGGCUGCCUGGUCCCAAGGGCUACAAAGGUUUGCCAGGAGCAAAGAAGCUUGGACACAAGGGUGCAAAGGGAGACACUGGAGACCCGGGUCCCCCAGGCAAAUUCCCCGUGGUGGGACCUGUGGAGGUCCGGUCCGGCAUUCCUGGAGACAAGGGUGAAGUAGGUCCUAAAGGUCCUCCAGGAGAUCCUGGCGACAAGGGCAUGGAAGGAAACAAGGGUGACCCAGGUCUGAGUGGGCUGAAGGGCCCCAAGGGUAUGGAUGGACCCUCAGGAAGAAGGGGCAAACGUGGUAAAGAGGGACCCCAAGGUCCAUAUGGAGGGAAGGGCUUCCCUGGUGCCAAGGGUUUCUCAGGCAAUGCAGGAAUAAAUGGAGUGAAGGGUAUGUUUGGUGAGCCAGGCUUCGCUGGACGACAGGGUCUUCAAGGUUAUCCUGGUCCACCCGGUAUCCUUGGCAAUGGCACUGGCACUGGCCGGCCUGGCCCGAGGGGCAGAAUUGGACCAUCAGGGCCUAAAGGUUUCCCAGGGACUCCAGGUUUUGAUGGUGAGGAGGGUCGCCGUGGUCUGCCUGGUCUGUCUGGCCUCCCCGGCACCCAGGGUCUGCCUGGUCUCCCUGGUAUUCCUGGCAUGUCCAUGAAGGGAGACAGAGGUGUUCCAGGUCUGCGUGGUAUUGACGGAAAAGACGGUCUUGUGGGCUACCCUGGUCUGGCUGGGGAGAAUGGAGAAAAUGGUCGGCCUGGUGAGACUGCGUAUGGUCCGCCUGGUGAGCAAGGUCUUUCCGGUCUUCCCGGACUUCCCGGUUUACCUGGUAUCCCUGGAGAUUCUGGCUACCCUGGACAGGCUGGCUACCCUGGAGAGGGCUUCACAUUGUUUGGGCCUAUUGGACCGCGUGGACUGCCUGGUGACAGAGGUGUGCCUGGUCCACCUGGCGUGGAUGGUCUUCCUGGUCUUUCUGGAGACCAAGGUUUCCGUGGAGAAGACUGUGGGUUCUGUCCAGAUGGAAUUCCUGGAGCUCGGGGAGAUAAUGGCGACUCUGGCAGACAAGGUCAGGAUGGAUUCCCAGGCUUGCCAGGGUUCCAGGGUGAGAAGGGUCAGCCUGGUGAGUUCGGACUGCCUGGCCCUGACGGUAGAUCUGGAGAGCCUGGUGUUCCAGGACGUGAUGGUGCCCCAGGUUUUCCUGGCGCCAAGGGAUUACCAGGUGAACCUCUGGGAUUCGUUGACGUAGAGAGAUACCGAGGCCCUGCUGGUCCCAAGGGGUCAACAGGCUACCCUGGUCUGCCUGGCAUGGAUGGUUCCAUGGGAACAGUGGGGGACAGAGGUCUGUCUGGAAGUCCUGGCUACCAGGGAAUGAAGGGUGAUUCUGGCAUUCCUGGUGACACUGGUCUUGAUGGUCUACCUGGUGUUCCUGGUCUGUCUGGCAACAAGGGUCUGCCUGGGGAUGAAAUCCCUGGUGCCAGGGGAGAAAAGGGUGAUCCUGGUCUUGGAGGGCUGGAUGGAGGCGAUGGCAGGAAAGGAAAAAAGGGUCAAAUGGGAGACCCUGUAGCACUACCAUUUAAGCUGGAUCUGAAGGGCGAAGUUGGAAUAAGAGGACUACCAGGUAUUCCAGGCCGAGAUGGAGAACCAGGCUUUGAGGGUGAAUUUGGCAUGGAUGGCCUUCCUGGUAGGCCCGGUCUGCCAGGAUUACCUGGCAUGAAAGGUGUUGAUGGUCUUGCUGGUCUGCCUGGUGGUCAAGGAGGGCGUGGAUCCAAGGGCUAUCCCGGUUUGCCUGGAGAUGAAGGGUUGCCUGGGCUGCCAGGAAUUAAGGGCUUUCUUGGGGAUGAUGGACUGCCUGGUCUGCCAGGAUUAAGGGGACCUCGUGGUGAGCCUGGACGCACCCUGUCACGUGGCAUCCCAGGGGAGAGAGGUGAAGAAGGAUUUCCUGGUGAACCUGGUAUAGGUGGCGCCAAGGGUGAGCCUGGUCGGCCUGGAACACCUGGGCCUGAUGGUAUCCCUGGCGGAUUUGGUGAGGAUGGACUUCCUGGCCUUCCCGGAAGCCCGGGGUUGAAGGGACUGUCUGGAGAUAAUGGAGGACCUGGUCUCCCUGGCUUGUCAGGCUUGCAGGGAAUGCAGGGAUUCCCAGGAUCCCCUGGUCUGCGUGGUGUCCGUGGUGAUGAUGGUCUGCCUGGUAUACCAGGAUUUAGUGGCGCCAAGGGAAGCCCUGGUCUCCCUGGUAUUCGUGGUCUUGAUGGGGAAGAUGGUCUUUCUGGUAUUCCAGGAGAGUCUGGUCUGGAUGGUCUGCCAGGACGCCCAGGUCUGGCUGGCAUGAAAGGAGUCAGUGGUAUUCCUGGAUCCCCCGGUACAGAUGGUCAGACUGGAUUGCCUGGUCAAUCUGGUUCGAAGGGCGAUGUUGGUGAAGCUGGUUUUCCUGGCCUGCCUGGUCUUCCCGGACAGGCAGGACUCAAGGGCUUCUCAGGUGAACCUGGUCUCCCUGGUCUCCCUGGUCAGAAAGGAGACACUGCACCUUUUGGCUUCAAAGGCGUGAAGGGUCAGAGAGGUCUUGAUGGUCUGCCGGGUCUGUCUGGACAACCAGGUCUCCCUGGACGGCAGGGAUCUUAUGGACUGAAGGGUGAAACCGGACUCAGCUACCCAGGAGAAAUUGGUCGUGAGGGCCUCCCUGGUUUAAGUGGCCUCCCAGGCCCUGAUGGACAAUCUGGCCCCAAAGGCAGGAUCGGAGAGAUGGGAAUUCCUGGUCUGGAUGGUUUGCCUGGAGACCCUGGUCUGCAAGGUAGAGAUGGCAGUGACGGCCUCCCCGGUCUUCCUGGGUUGAAGGGAGGCAGAGGCCUUGAUGGUCUGCCAGGCCUCAAUGGAGAGCAAGGUGGCUUGGGUGUGGAUGGUUUUCCUGGCAGCCCUGGUCUCCCUGGCCGUAUAGGUGAUCGUGGUCAGGAUGGCCUGCCUGGUAUCGAUGGAGAGCUUGGCCAGCCUGGUGACGAUGGUCUGCCUGGUCUGCCAGGAUUGUCAGGUCUGCCUGGCAUGAAGGGAUCGCCUGGUUCCUCUGGCCGCCCUGGUGUUGAUGGACUUUCUGGAGGUCGUGGUGAUGAUGGUUUGCCUGGUCUUAAUGGCCCUCGUGGAUCACGAGGAGAGAACGGACUCCAAGGCCGACCUGGUCUUGAUGGCGAGCCUGGUGCACCAGGUUAUGAUGGAGGCCCUGGUUUGCCAGGUCUGCCAGGAGAGGAAGCACCAGCAGGUCGCCCUGGACCCCCCGGCGUGGACGGCAUACCAGGCAGCCCUGCACUGCCUGGCCUUCCAGGUUUGCCAGGAAAUGAGGGUCUACCGGGUCGACCUGGAUUACCAGGCCAGAAGGGAGAGUCCGCCUAUUCUCUACCUGGAUUUAAGGGCAUGAGUGGAGAGCCAGGUCUUGAUGGUCUGCCAGGCUUACCAGGAGAUCGUGGAGUACCAGGACAGCCAGGAUUACCGGGUCUGUCAGGAAUGAAGGGAGAAGCUGGUUUCCCUGGUCUACCAGGAACUGAUGGUCGCGAUGGAGAACCAGGCAGGAUUGGAGGAGAUGGAGAUUCUGGCCUACCUGGUCUAUCUGGUGGAGAAGGUCGCCGUGGUGACGAUGGUCAGAAUGGUUUGCCUGGACGCCAGGGAGAGAGAGGUGAUCCUGGCUUCCCUGGUGAGAGGGGUCGACCAGGAAUUCCUGGUAGUAAUGGUUUGAAGGGCUACCCCGGUGACCCUGGUCCCAUUGAUAUAGUCGAUGUGCGUAGCCCACGAGGUGAAGAGGGAGAACCAGGUGAAUCCGGUCGACCAGGUUUAGAAGGACUAAGGGGAGGUCGAGGUGAUGAUGGCCUGCCGGGUCUGAACGGCCUUCGUGGUACGGAAGGGUUCCCCGGAACCCCUGGAAUCCCUGGUGACCAAGGCAACUCAGGCCAGCCUGGUAUUCCUGGUAUUGAUGGCAUGCCUGGUCUCCCUGGUUUGCCAGGAUUCCCUGGUGAGAUUGGAGGUCCCGGAGGAGAUGGAUUUGGCCCUGGCAUUUACUUCACAAGGCACAGCCAGACCACCAACGUUCCCAACUGUCCCGUAGGAACAGCCAAUCUCUGGAUUGGAUACUCAUUGCUGUAUGUUGUUGGCAAUGGGCGUGCACAUGGACAGGACCUUGGUACUGCUGGUAGCUGCCUGCCCAGGUUCAGCACCAUGCCCUUCAUGUUCUGCAACAUCAACAACGUCUGCAACGUGGCAUCCCGCAGCGACUACAGCUACUGGCUGGCCACACCAGAGCCCAUGACGCCCAUGAUGAACCCAGUCAGCGGAGAACAGAUCAGACCCUACAUCAGUCGCUGCACAGUCUGUGAAGCACCAUCACCUAUCAUGGCCGUCCACAGCCAGACCAUGGUGCUGCCUGAAUGUCCCGGAGGCUGGAGGUCUCUCUGGAUCGGCUAUAGUUUCAUUCUUAACACCGGUGCUGGUUCUUCAGGCUCCGGACAGUCCCUGGAUUCCCCAGGCUCCUGCCUCGAGGACUUCCGUGCCGCUCCUUUCAUUGAGUGCCAUGGAAGAGGCACAUGUAAUUACUAUGCAACGUCUUUAAGUUUCUGGCUAGCUACUUUAGAAAGAGAUAACCAGUUUAGCAGGCCACGCUCAGACACUCUCAAAGCAGGCAAUUUACGGAAUAAAAUAAGCAGGUGCCAAGUUUGUAUGAAAGAUGAAUCUCUUGAACCUUUUCUUUAUAGGUUUAAAUAAAUACAAGAAAAUGUUCUUUUAGUUUCUGUAAGUAAUAUGUGAUCUCGUCAGGGAUAUUGCUCCAGGCGUCAUGUGCUUGUAAAACUUGUACAUACUGUCAGACGAUGGACCGUAAACUGCCCCCUACGUAUUGAAAGCAUCAGCUUCGCAUACAAACAGUUUUUUUCUUGGCUAGGUAUGUGUUUAGAUAGAGAAAAGAGACCUUAAUUUGCAAUAAAGGGUCACCAGUCUGAUUUCAUUUUGGUGCUAUUAACCUUCAGACUUCUCUGUUUUGUACAUUUGAUGUUUUGAACUGAGUGAAAGAAUACAGUGUACUCUCUGGUCAUCAGUAGCUUCAAACUGGCUUGCACUACAUUCAAUUUGCUUUUAUACGAAACUACAUACAAUUUAUAAAAUUAUGAAGAAAAUUGUUGGAAGUGCUGCAAGCCAUGUUGAUAGAUAGUACCUUUCAGUGCAAUAACUUGAUAAUACUCCUGUACUUUUCGUUUACCCUACCAUCACUGCCAAAUUUUCGUGAUAUAUUUUGAAGUAUUGGAUGUGUGAUAUGAUUACUGCUAAUGUGCCUCUUGUGUAGAAGUAAAACAGUAGUAUACCGUCCUUGUAUCAGUGUCUUAUGUACCGUAUAAGCGGCCACAGUUUUGAAGGGUUAUCCUGUGAAAGCCACACUGAUUAGUCAUAAUGGUAACAAUGCUCAACAGGUCAAGAUAGGACAUUAAAGAUUAGUUUGGCUCCAGAUACCAGACGUUCCCUAUAGCUGAGGCACAUUUGAUUCAGUGAUUAGAGACAAAGCUCAAAAUUGCUCAGUUGAUGUUUUUCUUGAUUUUUAUAUUGACUGUACUGUAACUGGUGACUUAAAUCCUCCCUGGUUUUAUCUUGACCUGUUGUUGCGAGUUUCAGCUGUCCUGCAUACUAUACAUCAAUAUUUACCAGCUGAAUGAAAUGUAAGCAGUAAUAUUUAAACAUCACUGUAAACUAUCUUUUGUAUGUUUUCAUUAACCUGCCCACAGAACAGGGCAUGUAUGUUUAUCAUAUCAGCUCUGGUAAAGUUAGGGGAAUUAAAUCUUUGGAAUUGUGUAAAUUCAGUUGUCUGUACUACAUGAAAUGAAUACUCGUUUGGGUUAGCUCAAUUCACAAUGUCUGUAAUUAAUGAGAAUAAAUGAUCAUUUGACA